AUGUCUUUCAACGCUUUUGCCGAUUCUUUGAACAAGCGAUUUCAAGAACUGUCGACACAGGUGUCGCAGAGGGCUCAGGACGCACAGCUUGACAAAAAACUCAAGGACCUGUCGACAGCAGUGUCGCAGAGAACGCAAGACCUGACCACCCAGCUGCCAUCAUUGGCGCAGUCAACGCAGCGUAUGGUGCAGGAGAAGCUGGGCCAAGUGACCGACAUCUCGCAACUGCCCCAGGAGUACGUGGAACUGGAACACCGCAUUGAUCGUGUCAAACUGGUUUACGAGAAUUUCUUGAAGGUGACGCAAGUGUACGAAAACGAGAGCUACGACUACCCAAAUAACGUGCGGGACUCGGUCAACGACUUUUCAGCAGUGGUGGGGUCGAAACUUCACGACCUCUCGCGUGCCACGUCCACAGGAGAAGCGCAGUCGGUGUUGAUCGCACCUGGUCCUCACCGCGACCCCAAAACGCUCAACUACGCCCUCAGUAAAGUGGCUUUGACAUCCAGCGAGUACCUCAACAAGUCCGUCGGCUCGGACGAGCCAGACUUGUCGUCCACUUUGCUCAAGUACAGUGAUGUGCAAGCCAAGAUUGCCCAGGCCAGAUUGCAACAGGACACCUUGAUCCAGACCAAAUUCAACAAGAAGUUGAGAGACACGCUCGCAAACGCUUUGCACGAGGCCCACCAGGCUCGUAAAAACGUCGAGCACAAGCGUCUAAUGUACGACAUUGCACGCACCAACUUGGCCGCCGCCAAGCCCGAAAAGGAGGCAUCUCUCAGGGUCGAGAUGGAGACCCUAGAAGAUGAAUUUGCCCAGGCCACCGACGACGCUGUCGUCAAGAUGCAAAAAGUGGCCGAGUCGUCCGAAUUUUUGAAGGACCUUCGCGAGCUGGUUUCUGCCCAAGCCGAAUACUACAAACACUCUUCUGAACUUUUGUCUGAGUUCUUGCCUCAGCUAGAAGCCGCUUAA